AACGCGUUCAACAUGGCGGCAUAUUUUGAGGAGUUGUCAAAGUGAAUUUUUGGCGAACAAUUUUCUCUGUGGCUUUUUGCAGUGGAAAAGUGGAAAAAAGUGCAUGGUUCGGCAUCUGAACAGACGCCUAACCUCGAUUGCGUGAAGACACGGAAGACCGAAAACAAAAGCGGGGCACUUUUAGAGCUGACAUGGAGGUUCCGGGUGUGGCGGAGUCACUCCAAGGGGUGGCCAUUAAGCGGGAGGAGCCCGAAGAGGGCAUGGCGGAGAUCAAGAAAGAGGUUCUGGAUGAGCCGGAAAGUGGCGUCAAUGCCAAGUAUCCGGGAAGUGAGCAGGGCGUGAAGCGGAAGAAUGUGGCGGAUUCUGUGAGUAUCAGUGAUGACGAUGAUGAGGAAUUUGCGGGUUUUGAGGACAAUGGAGGCUCAGCAGUGGGUAUGCGAAUGGCAUCUGGGAGUCGAAGCAAAAGAUUCAGAAAUUCAGCUCCAAACAAUGCUCUCAGUCCCACCAUGGUCAUCAAGCAGGAACUCCCGGACGACGAUGAAAUGGCCCAAAUGUCCACGCCGAAUGUCAAGAAAGUCACCCCACAGCGUCCGGGUGUGGUGAAAUUGGAUGAUCCAAUCUUCCGGAAACCCUUUGAGUACGGCUGGAAGCGAGAAUUGGUGUACAGAGCCGUGGCGGGGAUUAGUAAGGAGAAGGGGGAAGUGUACUAUUUCACUCCAACUUCAAAGAAACUUCGCACCCGGACGGAGAUUCAGCAGAAUCUCACGCAUGAUCUCACCCUGGAUAACUUUACGUUUGUAAAGGAACCCCUUGGCCUUGGUCCAGAAUUCGAGAUCAUCCGCAAUGCCAAGUCCAAUGCAGCCACAAUGAAGAGAGCCUCAAUGGCAUCUGUGGACACUCCGUCGCGAGAGAGUCCACUGGGCAAGCGAAUUCCCAAGCCGAAGGGACCCAAGGGAGGCUCCCCACCACCAGCCUCCAUUCGCAUCCUCAACCGCAGUCGCUCCUCAGUCAGCUCCCCACGCUCCAAGGACAAAGAGGACAUCAAGGUGCAGACAGCAAAAUCUCCACCAAAAGUCGCCACUGGAGCACCGGCUGCAGCAUCGAAAGCCAAAGGGGAGCCCUGCACGAUCCAGUGCGUGCUCGCCAUGGGGACCAUUCCACAGCUGCAGUGCAGGAAAUGCCUCUGUCUCUACCAUCACGAGUGCGUGGGCGUCGAGAGGGGCGCCACGGUGGACGCCAGGUACAUUUGCCAGGGAUGUCUGGAGGAGGAACAGGCUGAAAAGCAACCGAUACAGGUGAGUCCACUGAAAACUCCGGCAGCGAAGGGCAGCAAAACCCCAUCGACAUCAAAGACAAGAACUCAAGCCAAGAGUGCAUCGACUGACGAAGCUCCACCGCAAACAAUUGCCACGAUUGCCGGAAGAAAGUACAUUGUAGUGCCACGAACAAAUGUCCUAGGUGCUCCGGGGGGCCCUGCAGAAGCAGCAGCCACUACAAAUGGAGCUGCAAGUGGCAAUGGAACUGAACAAGAGGAUGCUAAGAAGAGAAAAAAUGAUGUAGCAGUUGUUCAGCAAAAUUCUGACAUUCUUCGGGAUACAGCAGGAAUUGCUGGUAAAGUUCCCAAUGACACCGUGAAGAGUACAAUAGCCAUCGGUGGUGGAGGGGGGAAGGUGAAAAAGGGUGGAAAGGGGGCAGCAAAUGUUGUGGUGAAAAAUGCAAAUUUCAACUAUUCCCACUACUUCCGGAACGUUGCUGUCGGCUACAAUGUUCUCCUGGAGACUUUCCAGUACUUGAAAGUCAAGGAACUGCUGAGGGCAUCGUGUGUGUGUCGAGUGUGGCAUCAGGCGGCCAAUCAUUCGAGUCUGUGGCGCACGGUGCGCAUGAAGAAUUCCCAGGUGAAUGACUGGAGUGGCUUUGCUUCUGCCCUCCGUCGACACGGGACAACUGGCCUGGAUUUGCGCAAGAUGCUGGCGCCCAGCAACAGCGAAGAGAUGUGGGCCAAUUUUUCGCGUCAUAUUGGAUCAGUGGAACGCCUGGAGGCCAUUGAUCUCUGUCGAUGCCCGUCGGCUGUGGUGGAGAGUCUCUUCCGGACCAACGGCAAUCUGCGUGUCCUCAAUGCUGUCACCAUCAAGGAUGAUGUGGUGAGUUUGGCGGGGGUGGAAAAUCUCACGAGAUUGGAGGAAUUGAGGUUGAAGCCAGAGAAUUGGGUGGAGAUUGUGAAGGAUCUCAGUCCAAUGAGGGGACUGCAGUGCUUGAGGCAUUUGGCUUUGACGUUUGUCAAGCAGCUGGGUGGGGCAAGGGUGGAGAUUCUGGGGGAAUUGGAACAGCUGGAGAGUCUAGAGAUUGGUGAGUGCAAUGAUAUCUCUGAGAUUCUGGCCAGGGAUGUUUUGCCGCGUCUGGGCAAGUUGCAGCGCCUUCGCCUGGAGAAGGGUGAGGUGAAUUGCAAUACAUCGGCCAUUUUGGCAGCUGUGGCGCCCAAGGAGAGUUUGCAGCAGCUGGAACUGGUGAAUUUUGACAUAAAACCGAAAUUCAAUGAGGAAAUUGCCCUCUGUGUCCAUGUGAAGAAGCUCUUGAUUAUUCCCACGUACAUCAGCCAAUCGGCUACCACGAAUAACAUGAUCCUCAGCGGGAUGCUGCGUCUGUCCCAGAGUCUGAGGUCAUUCACGUGGGUGGUGACCCUGGAGCUGCUGAGAGUGACUGAACUGUAUGUGGUUCAGUGUGAUGCCAGUAGCAAGGAGAAACGUGUUCCGGACGAGAGUAUUCCCAUCCUAAAGCCAGUUCCGGGCAUUGUGGAGGAUGGCAUGGUGACGAGUGGUGGGACUCAGUGUCCGGAUGCCCAACAAGUGGAAAUUGUUCCGCUCAGCAAGGUCGAGAGCAUUCUGCACAGCUAUUUGCCAGAAACAUUCAUCAAAAUUGUCAAGGCACAAUUUCACACGACAUGGCGUCUCAAUCUUGUGGAAGCCGCAACAACACUAUGAGGAUGCUAAAGGAACAGGAUGUACGGUAGGAUACAACACCCUUGAAAUGCAAACAAAAAAAAAUUAAUUGUAGAUUUUAAAAAAAAUGUGGACUCACAUCUUAUUUUGACUUAUAUCUUUGAGAAAAAGAAAAUGUGUUAAAAUGUUUCUCCCAGAAAAUAUCACUUCUUCACAAAUUCAA